AUGGCUGAGUUCCUGGCGCAUCCUAUUGGCUUCUUUUUGGAUAGUGUAAGAGAUUGUAGAAAAAUGCUUCGCAUGCUAUUUUUCGUCGGUUUGGAUUAUUUCCAGAAUGCGACGGUGUACUACAAUCCUGCAUAUAUGGCUCGUGUUUAUGGACAACUCGGAUUGAAUUACGACCUUGAUGCCGGUAGACCAUUCAUCUAUUGUGAGAAAUUCGAUCCCAAAUCAUGUGCACCCAAUGAUCCCCAGUGCCCUGUACUGGAGAAGUGCUAUGCGGAACCAGAAAAUCGGGCUCAACGACUCGGCUGUAUGACCGUAUUCAAAUAUGUCACAGAAAAGAAUGCGAGUAUGGAAGAGCGAAAGAUCGAGGUGACUUUGAAAGGCUGCUGGCAACAUGACAAAGAAGUAAUCGCAGAUUGUAAAGUGCAAGACGAGUGUGUAGCGGAGAGCGGUAGACGACGACCCAAGCCAAACAUGGAGUUUUGCUGCUGCCGAACACAUUUGUGCAACAAGAAAGUGUCCAUCCGGGUAGUGGACGAGGCGCCACCUGAUGACAGUGGUGUUGCUGAUGGUAACGCAACCGCAACGGGUGGAGCGAUGUCACGAUGGAUGAACAACAUGUGGUUUGUGAUGUUGUUCGGUCUCAUCGCUAUAUGUAUAGCUGGUGGAUUGCUGGUCUUCUCCCUGGUAUAUCGCUUGUGUUGGCAGAAUCGCGACAAGGUUAAGACUCAGACUGUCACAACUUCCCAGCAAAGUGAGACUUAUGCUCUUCUGAACUGUGCAGCCAAUCGUCCUACUUUCGAAAUCACCGAUUUGAAGCAUGUAGCCAGCGGUCGUUUCGGCGACGUAUUCAGUGCCGUUUAUCGAAGUGGCGAUCGUGUUGUAGAUGUUGCUGUGAAGGUAUUGAAAGAUGAAGAAAGUUGGCAUGCAGAGCAGACUAUCUACAUUGAUGUGCUACGUCGAGCCGGUCAUCCGAACAUCUUACGCUAUGUGGACGUGGAACGGCGAAAAAAUGAAUAUUGGUUGAUUACGGAAUUCAUGAAGGAAGGCAAUUUACAUGACUAUCUCAAAGUAAAAGAAGGGGCACCUCAAUUAUUAGAUUCUUCUGGAGUGAUUUCUCAAAUGAUCAUUUUCGCUUACCGCUUGUUAGAUAGUGGUGGUAGAAGACUUGGUUACGUCAAAGCCCAUGGUUGUCAGGGGUUUUCUCAUGGCAAUGGUCAAUUUUAUCUGCAUGAACCAAUCAAUCGUACUCGCUCGAAGCUUGUAGCUUUUGUGAAGAAAUCUGAUAACGGUCUCAAUGGUUGCUCUGGUAUUUGUGUGACUUUCCAAGCCAAUAACGUCUUAACAAUGAAGCAGUGUUUGCGUAUAAUGUCAGGAAUGCUUGAAGGACUGGCUUUUCUGCAUGAAGCUCAGGGCAGCAAGUUUACAGUCGUUCACCGUGACAUCAAAUCGAAGAACAUCCUCCUGACAUCGGUGGAGAGCGCUAAUGGCAAGGAACUCGCGUUGACAGCUUGCAUUGCGGAUUUCGGUCUGGCUGCUGUGUUCAGUAGCCCUCAGAUUGAUGAUCAAGUAACCGGACAGGUGGGAACGUUCCGAUACAUGUCACCCGAGGUACUCGAAGGUGCAACCGAAUUCACCGUACCGGCAUUCCAACGAAUUGAUGUAUACGCUAUGGCUUUGGUGUUGUGGGAGGUGCUGUCACGUACGCGACUGAGCGAGGAUGAUGAUGAUGUUCCUCCAUACAAACAACCUUUCGAGGAGUACACCAGUCCCUACCCGAGCCUUGGUGAAAUGAGAGACGUCGUGGUCAGCCGUAAGCUUCGUCCCGAAUUCCGUCCUAUGGCGACGAAGCAUCCGGUUGCUGGUGCGAUUGAGUACACGAUCCGAGACAUGUGGCAUACGAUAGCGGAUGGAAGGAUCACAGCAAGUUUGGCUCGCGAACGGAUUAACGCGAUGAAUGGCUGUGAUUCGCAAGGCUCUGAAGGAUAUCAUUCAAGCAGCGAUCAUAAUCGGAAAGUAUCUGUGGCGUCCACAAUCAGUGAAGAAGACGGUUGUGCACCUGCGGACAGCAGUUUGAGCAGUAGCGACUACAACACCGCCAUCGGUGGCCUGAAUCAGAACCAGGAGCUGUUGAACGAAGCAAUGGACAGAGAGCGGUGA